AUGGCUUGGAACAAUCAGUCAUUUGUGACUGAAUUUAUACUGAUGGGUCUUUCUAGUUCUUGGGAACUUCAGAUCUUCUAUUUCCUGUUUUUCUCCGUAGUCUACACAGCCACUGUCCUGGGAAACCUCUUUAUUGUACUCACUGUAAUAUUGGAGCCACGCCUUCACUCUCCCAUGUACUUCCUGCUGGGUAACCUGUCCUUCAUUGACAUGUCUCUGGCCUCCUUUGCCACUCCCAAAAUGAUUGCAGACUUCCUCAGUGAGUACAAAGCCAUUUCUUUUGAAGGCUGCAUCACUCAGAUAUUCUUUCUGCACCUCUUAGGAGGUGCUGAGAUUGUCUUGCUGAUCUCCAUGUCCUUUGAUAGGUACGUUGCUAUAUGUAAACCUCUACGUUACUUAAUCAUAAUGAAUCGAAAAAUGUGUAUUGGGCUUGUGGUCCUUUCUUGGAUUGUCGGCAUCUUCCAUGCUAUGAGUCAGUUAGCCUUUACUGUGAACCUGCCCUUCUGUGGAUCCAAUCAAGUGGACAGUUUCUUCUGUGAUCUCCCCUUGGUAAUUAAACUAGCCUGUGUUGACACCUACAUUCUGGGGGUGUUUAUGAUCUCAACUAGCGGCAUGAUUGCCCUGGUGUGCUUCAUCCUCCUGGUUAUCUCCUACACCAUCAUCCUGGUCACUGUCCGGCAACGCUCCUCGGGAGGGUCCUCCAAAGCCCUGUCCACUUGCAGUGCGCACUUCACUGUGGUGACGCUUUUCUUUGGCCCUUGCAUUUUCAUCUAUGUGUGGCCUUUCACCAAUUUCCCGAUAGACAAAGUGCUCUCAGUCUUUUAUACAAUUUUCACUCCUCUCUUGAAUCCUGUGAUCUAUACACUUAGAAAUAAAGAUGUCAAAGAGUCCAUGAAGAAACUGAGUAGCCAUAUCUUUAAGUCAAGCAAGACUGAACAUAACCCAUAA